GAAUCUCCCCAGAGCACGUCCGUGGCAGCUCCGCCUCCGCCGGGUGGGUGCGCGGCCUGGAGCGCCCUCUUCCCGCCCUCUCGCCGCUGCCCGGCUGCCGGCCUCCCUCACUAGAGCAGCCAUGGCGGUGGCCGCGGAGCAAGAGCAGCAGCAGUUCUACCUUCUUCUCGGCAACCUGCUCAGCCCGGACAACGCCGUCCGGAAACAGGCCGAGGAAACAUAUGAGAACAUACCAGGCCAGUCUAAGAUUACAUUCCUUUUACAAGCUGUCCGAAAUGCUACUGUCGCUGAAGAGGCUAGGCAAAUGGCUGCUGUCCUUCUACGGAGGCUUUUGUCAGCUUCUUUUGAAGAGGUUUAUCCAACUCUGCCCCCGGAGGUUCAGGCUGGCAUCAAAAGUGAACUGCUCUUGAUUAUUCAAAUGGAAACACAGUCUAGUAUGAGGCGAAAAAUUUGUGAUAUUGUAGCUGAACUUGCCCGGAACCUAAUAGAUGAGGAUGGCAAUAACCAAUGGCCAGAGGGUCUGAAGUUCUUGUUUGACUCAGUCAGCUCUCAAAAUGUGGGACUUCGUGAAGCUGCUCUACAUAUCUUCUGGAAUUUUCCCGGUAUUUUUGGAAAUCAACAGCAGCACUACUUGGAGGUUGUCAAACGGAUGUUGGUGCAGUGUAUGCAGGAUGAGGAGAAUCCAACGAUCAGGAUGCUGUCUGCUAGGGCUGCAGCUGCAUUUGUUCUUGCUAAUGAUCAAAAUCUUCCACUUCUUAAACAUUUUGCAGACUUGUUGCCUGGUAUCUUGCAGGCAGUAAAUGAAUCUUGUUAUCAAAAUGAUGAUUCAGUCCUAAAGUCCCUUGUAGAGAUUGCAGAUACGGUUCCAAAGUAUUUACGUCCACACUUAGAAGCAACAUUACAGCUAAGCUUGACGUUAUGUGCAGACACUAAUCUCAGUAAUAUGCAACGUCAGCUGGCUCUUGAAGUAAUAGUUACAUUAUCUGAGACUGCUGCUGCUAUGCUAAGAAGACAUAUCAACAUUGUUGCACAAGCUAUUCCUCAGAUGUUAACAAUGAUGGUUGACCUGGAAGAGGAUGAAGAUUGGGCGAAUUCUGAUGAGCUGGAAGAUGAUGAUUUUGAUAGCAAUGCUGUUGCUGGUGAGAGUGCCCUGGACAGAAUGGCAUGUGGCCUUGGUGGGAAACUUGUUCUGCCUAUGAUAAAAGAGCAUAUUAUGCAAAUGCUUCAGAAUCCUGACUGGAAGUACAGGCAUGCUGGCUUGAUGGCUCUGUCAGCUAUUGGUGAAGGCUGUCAUCAACAGAUGGAGGGGAUUCUCAAUGAAAUAGUUAAUCUGGUUUUGCUUUUCCUCCAGGAUCCUCAUCCAAGAGUGAGAUAUGCAGCUUGUAAUGCCAUUGGUCAGAUGGCUACCGACUUCGCACCAGGCUUCCAAAAGAAAUUCCACGAAAAGGUAAUUGCAGCUCUUCUGCAGACCAUGGAAGAUCAAGACAACCAACGUGUUCAGGCUCACGCAGCCGCUGCGCUGAUCAACUUCACUGAAGAUUGUCCCAAAUCACUACUAAUUCCUUAUCUAGAUAACUUGGUGAAGCAUCUGCAUUCCACUAUGGUAUUAAAAAUUCAGGAGCUGAUAGAAAAAGGCACUAAACUGGUUUUGGAGCAAGUUGUGACCUCCAUUGCAUCUGUUGCUGAUACAGCCGAAGAGAAAUUUGUUCCAUACUAUGAUUUAUUUAUGCCUUCGCUUAAACACAUUGUAGAGAAUGCUGUGCAGAAGGAGCUUAGACUCUUAAGAGGAAAAACUAUAGAAUGUAUCAGCUUGAUCGGUCUUGCCGUAGGUAAAGAGAAGUUCAUGCAAGAUGCCUCAGAUGUGAUGCAGCUGUUGCUGAAAACACAGACAGCCUUCAAUGAUUUGGAAGAUGAUGAUCCUCAGAUAUCCUACAUGAUUUCUGCAUGGGCUAGAAUGUGCAAGAUACUUGGAAAAGAAUUCCAGCAAUAUCUUCCAGUUGUUAUGGGCCCCCUGAUGAAAACAGCAUCAAUUAAGCCUGAAGUAGCUCUCCUGGACACACAAGAUAUGGAAAACAUGAGUGAUGAUGAUGGCUGGGAAUUUGUAAAUCUUGGAGACCAGCAGAGCUUUGGUAUUAAGACUGCAGGCCUGGAAGAAAAAGCAACUGCAUGUCAGAUGUUGGUUUGUUAUGCCAAAGAACUGAAGGAAGGGUUUGUGGAAUACACGGAGCAAGUUGUGAAACUGAUGGUUCCUCUGUUGAAAUUCUAUUUCCAUGAUGGUGUGCGUGUGGCUGCUGCAGAAUCAAUGCCUCUGCUCUUGGAAUGUGCAAGAGUUCGUGGUCCAGAAUACCUCACUCAGAUGUGGCAUUUUAUGUGUGAUGCCCUCAUCAAGGCGAUUGGUACAGAGCCGGAUUCCGAUGUCCUUUCAGAAAUAAUGCAUUCUUUUGCCAAGUGUAUUGAAGUGAUGGGAGAUGGAUGCCUUAACAAUGAACAUUUUGAAGAACUUGGGGGAAUACUGAAAGGAAAACUAGAAGAGCACUUUAAAAAUCAAGAGCUAAGACAAGUGAAAAGGCAAGAUGAAGACUAUGAUGAGCAAGUGGAAGAGUCCCUGCAAGAUGAACAUGAUAGUGAUGUCUAUAUUCUGACUAAAGUGUCAGAUAUUUUGCACUCUAUAUUCAGCAGCUACAAGGCAAAGGUGUUACCGUGGUUUGAACAACUGCUGCCACAAAUUGUCAACUUAAUUUGUCCACAUAGACCAUGGCCAGAUAGACAAUGGGGCUUAUGCAUGUUUGAUGAUGUCAUAGAACACUGUAGCCCUUCAUCAUUCAAAUAUGCAGAAUACUUCCUGAGACCAAUGCUACAGUCAAUAUGUGAUAACAGCCCAGAGGUUCGUCAAGCUGCUGCAUAUGGUGUUGGUGUAAUGGCGCAAUUUGGUGGAGACAGUUACCGGCCUUUCUGCACAGAGGCACUUCCAUUGCUGGUGAGAGUUAUUCAAUCAACAGAUGCCAAAACCAAAGAGAAUGUCAAUGCAACAGAGAACUGCAUUUCAGCAGUUGGGAAGAUCAUGAAAUUCAAACCUGACUGUAUAAAUGUUGAAGAAGUAUUGCCACACUGGUUAUCAUGGCUUCCACUGCAUGAAGACAAGGAAGAAGCUGUCCAUACGUUCAAUUACUUGUGUGACUUAAUAGAGAGUAAUAAUCCAAUUGUACUGGGCCCUAACAACUCUAAUCUGCCGAAAAUAUUCAGUAUAAUUGCAGAUGGUGAAAUUAAUGAAGCAAUCAAGCAUCAAGAUCCGUGCACCAAACGACUGGCUAAUGUAAUUCGGCAAGUGCAGACAUCUGAAGGGCUUUGGACAACAUGCAUAUCUCAGCUCAGUGCAGAGCAGAAGGCAGCCAUCCAGGAGCUCCUGACUUCUGUGUAAAGGGCCUUAACCAUCAUCUGCAAGAAUGCUCCGAAUAAACGUUUACCCUUUGGUUUAGGUUUCUUUGUUUGGUUUUUAAGAGAGAAAACUGUAGUGCACGUAGGCCAGUCUGCAACCUACAGGCAGUGGCAACAGGAAGAAACGCUUUGCAAAGGGUGUCGCGUUGAAUUUCCACACCUCUGCACUGAAGAAGCUCCCUGUAAACCCUGCAAGUAGCACUGAAGAGUAUUUUUCUAAUGGUAUGAACCAGCCACAUGAUGGUGAAAGGGAAACAAGUUGAAUUUUCAUUAAGUAUAAACAAAUUAAGACAGUUUUAAGACCAGGUAUUCAGUAGAUGCCCAUUAUAACAGAUUACAGGCAUUUUUACCCUCUAGUGUUAACCUGUAUUGGAGUGUGAAUAUUUUUGUAGGGUAGAGAACACCCACCUGCCCAUCAAACCAGUAGAUUAAAAGAUGAUAAACUGAUGGCAACAUCGCGCAUGAAGACUUCAUCGACAUCGCAUUCAGUUUUCUGAAACAGGCUUGUGUAAUGACUCAAUGAAGAAAGCCAUUGAGCUCCCAGCCCUUGAAUGUGAAGUGUCUUUGGCAUGUCUGACAGUAUCUCAUCCACUCUUCAAUAAAUGACAUUGAAAUACAAUACAAA